AUGAAAGGAAAUUUAGAUGAAGAGUUUAUGACAAAAAAUAGUUUUGCCUACAUACAAGAGAUCGGUCAAGGCGCUUUUGGCUCGGUUCAUCUCGUAUUUUCUCUUCAGUACAAUCAAAAUUUUGCAAUAAAAAUCAUAGAUGCAUGCCAUUUUAAUCAAGAAGAAGUUGAUGCACUAUGCGCAAUUGAUUCACCUUUUAUUGUUAGACUUUACAAUUAUGAGAAAAUUGGUGAUUUUGUGUAUUUAACAAUGGAAUAUUGCCCGAAAUCAAUGGACUCUUUCAUAAAAUCACAAGGAAAAAUGGAAGAAGCAGAUUUGAUCAAAUACGCUAAAGAAGUUCUUUAUUUAUUGUCAACCUGUCACAAAGCGAACAUUUCACACGGAGAUUUGAAACCAAGCAACUUACUACUUGACCAAUUCGGGCGAGCAAAAGUUGGUGAUUUUGGUUUAUCUUCUAAGAAUAAUUCAAAAACAAGUACGAAUUUCGGCGGUAGCUUUUUAUAUAUGGCUCCAGAAAUAUUUUUGAAAGAACCAUUUGAUCCAUAUAAAGCCGACGUUUGGUCUUUCGGAGUUUCCCUUUAUGUUUUGUAUACCGGAUUUCCUCCUUGGUUCGGAUAUACCCAAGAUGAAAUAUUACAGGCUAUAUUAGCAGCUGACUACAUUCCUUUAUCAGAUUCUAACCCCGAAAUCAAUAAAGUAAUUGACAUUUGCUUAAAACGCAAUCCGGCUGAAAGACCUACAGUUGAUCAACUCCUCAGACUUGGCAUAUUCGGAUUCCACACACAGUCAUAUGUGUUGAAGAAUGAUGCUAAGCCUCAGAAGAUACGUUCUGUUCAAAGUUAUAAUAUGAUCAAACUUGUUGGCUCAACCGUAUUCAAGAAGAAGGGAUCUUUCGGUCCAACAAAACGAAACAUACUACAGAAGUAUUGA